AGUAUGCUCGCCGGCUACUGUUGUUGUUGAAUAGUUUUGAUAUUAUUCAAUUUUCAGACUGUUUCAUUCAGCGCUGGGGCCCCGGUCACUUCCGUCAUAGAAAUGGCCAUAUCUUACAAUUAUGAAUACCUAGCAAUGUUUACAGACACUGGUUUGUUGUGGAUAGGAUCAGCAGAUUUACAGGUGGGUAUAACACUGUUUAGCCCACAAAUUCAGCUAUCAGAGGACGAGUUCGAGCAGCUAGCGCCGAGUUGACUCGGAUUCUUAGAAAAUAAGAACGAGUGGCGGUCUAAUUCAACUGGCAGUACUAGCUUUGAUUCUAUACCCAGGUUUGAAGAAGGCGUGUAAAAAGGCUUUUGUUUACACUACUCGAAUUUGAGGUAUCUUUUAUUGUGACAAAUGAAGACCUGUAAAAUUAAAAUUUUUGUUUCCGCCUUAUUUCUCCAUAAUGCGAUAUCAUCAUUAAUUUAGUUUAGCCACUUCUUCCUCGGAAACCUGGCAAAAAAAAUUUUAUGUCAUCGCAAAGUUGAUUUUUAUUGUGUUCACUUAAUUUGCCAACAUCUCCGCAAAGCGAGGAAGCUUAGCAACCCGGGCCGCUAGACCAGGCCCUGAAGAGCUCAACUUAAGUACGCCUGUAUUUCCAUGUUCUUUGAAUUUUGCAGUAAUUGUUGUAUUUCGGUCUUCUUUAGAAAGUCUACUGUGAGUUCAACACUUCUUGUCCAUCAAGACCCAAGCAACUAACCUGGUAAGGAGGGAGCAAUUGUUGUUUCUAGAAUGAAGGCUCUCGUCUUUUAUGGCGAAUUCUCGCCCGGUUGGUCGGGCCAUUCUUUUGAAUUCAAAGUAAGAGCCAUCGGUGUUUUUCUUUCUUCCGCCACCCAUCAAGCGACCUGUCGCCGACACGUGUUGCUGCAACUAAUCGCCUGACAUGUACACAGGGAGUACUCUGUCGCCGACAAGUGUUGCUGCAACUUGUCUCCUUGUGUGUUCCGAUCUUUACUUAUUUCAACUUACAUUACAGGUGUGCAAUGGGUGCUGUCAUAUGUUACUGGGACGAUUAUUUGGAUGUUGUUGGACCGACAAUGGACACUAUUAGAUAUCCUUUGAUUAACAAGAUCAUUCUUUAUAUCCGACUGGCUUUCCAACUAUUUGCGGGGCAAGCUAUCUAACUGCUAGAACAUGCUAGGAUUAAAAAUUGUUCUUCUUGUUGUUGUAAAUGUUGGCUUGGUCAAGUUGGUAAUUGUGCUGUCAUGCUGCAAUUGUAUCUUGACCGUGUUACUUAAAACACCCUUGAUUUGAACUGACAAUUGUUACUACUGUCACAGGACGAAAUAACGUGUUUCCGUAUUUUGUAAACUCGACUGAAACGUGAAGUUGCUUAAAUCCGUCUCGUUUCCGCCAUGCGGAAACAUGGUGAUCUAGUUUUCCAUGGACGGGACGCGUUUCCGUUAUGUUUCCGAGUCGGAAACGAACGAUCAUGUUUCCGCCACAUUUCUUUUAUCACAUUUCCGUUCUUUCUUGUUUCCAUUACGUUUCCGUAAUGGAGAAAUUUUGCCUUUGCGUACAAUCAAGGUGAAUAAAGGUACAUUUACUCUCGAGAUCGGGCCAUUAAACGGUCAGGCUCAUGCAUUAAAUACUCGCGCGCGUUGCAUUGAAGCAACGACUGUACGGUAGAUACGAGUAGUUUUUUUUCAUUGAGCACGCUAUUGCCAUAUAUUUAACAAUUUUUGCGCGAGAGCGCGUUGGAUAUGAGUGGAAUAAUUGUUUAUUAAAAACGCCCACAAAAUAUCGUGAAUUCUUCCCGACUUUAUUUGUAAGAACAACCGAUUUUCAAUUUUUGGUAUGUGGCUCAUAUACCAUGUUGGCUAAGCCAAUCAGAGCUCUUUAACUGUAUUAUUCAAUGGUUCAGUUUUAAUAAAUAUGCAUAUGCUACGGAUAGCACACUUUCUUAACAUAUUUCACAUAUCAGAUGGACAGUGCUGUUCAUUUAGUUCAAGAGUUAGAUGGCGUAAGAAUCAUUGGUAAUGAGACUCAUGAACUGCUUCAGCGAGUUCCAGGUUGGUAAAUAUGAUUACGUUGAUUGCGGGCGGUUUCUCCUCCUGGCGAAACCUCCCUAGCGACAAGGAGCAAGGUGAAACGUGUGUAUUCGCAGACUACAAGUGAAAGGUUUCAAAAUACUCGCAGAUAUUCUGUCUUGUUCUCGAUUCAUAAGGCUAUCCAAGUAGCCAAAAAUAACAAUCCUUGUUGGUGGCCGGGAUGUCCUUGAGAUUUAUUUCUUCUCCACAGACAUUUGAUGCUUUUCCAAAUUACCUUCUAUUAAAACGUGUCGUUACCUGUAGGUACUUGAACCUUUAGCUCAGUGUGGUCUUCCUGUGCUCAUGUACGAUUUUUCAACUUACUACCCGGAAGCAGAUGGAACUGACUCUACAUUCAGUAUUCCCCCCUCCAAAGAAAAUGGGUGCCCUGUUGUCACGAACAAGCAAAAAGCCCUAAACUUUAUUCCAGUCGAUUUGUUCAAUCGGUUUACGGUCAAGUCGCCCGAAAUCAGAGUCAUGUCGCCCGAUAUCUUGAGUCAUGUUGCUCGAAAUAAAUAGCGAAAUUUGCGUCUUGGUUUAACUUCACAUUUGCAUAGGUUACCGGACACAGUUGAGUCAACAUUUUUCGACUAAAUUCCUUGCGACAGACUUCAGAUGUUACUUUUGUUCAAGUUUAUACACUCGAUAAAAUUUUAGGCGACAUCACUUAGGAUUUCGGGCGACAUUACUCUGGUUUCGGGCGACUUGAACGGUUACCGUUCAACCAGAACCACCUCUUAUCACGAAUGUGAAUAAUUAUGUCCGAUACUAGAGCAACUAUUUCUAUUAAUCUUUUAGCUGCUGUGGAACAAGUGUUUAAAAUCGGUUCAAUGGAACCAGGUGCGAUGCUGUUUGAUGCAUCAAAGGAAUUUGAGGUAAGCAAUGCUUCAUUCUCUCUGGGAAAAAGUUGUCCCAGAUAAAAGGCUCAGCCGCCUACCCAAGCCAGUGGCGGAUCCAGGGGAAGGGUGAGGAUCCUGGGGUGGGACUGCACCCCCUUAUCUCAGGGGUCUGAAUGACAGGGCUCCCCCUUAUCUGAAGGUCUGAACCCUCCACUGCGAGCCACCCUGGGCAGCCUGUUGUUGGGUGACCUGUUUUCCAUGGUAAGGUCACCAUCCUAGCUGAGCCAACUUUUCUCCAUAUAAUAAAAAAUAAUCAACUUUAUUUAUAUAGCGCUAUUUCAGUCCAAAAGCUCAAUAGCGCUUUACAGAAUUCAUAAGAAAGAACAAUAAUGAAUGAAAAAAAAAACAUAGCAUGAUAAUAAAAAGAAUACCUGACGAACAACAUUAAAGUUUCAACUAAAGGAUUCUAAACUGCACCAAAAACUAAAUCCCUAAAAAUUAAGCUGUCGUUAUGAUUCUUUCGUGUAUAUUCCUGUAAACAGAAAAAGAGCGCACGAGCAGAGGAGUACAUUCGGAUGAUCAAAGAACGUCUUCCUGAGGCUGUCCAGCAAUGUAUCCACGCCGCUGCUGGGGAACAUGAGCCUGCAAUACAAAGAGGACUGCUGAGGGUGAGUAUAGCUUCGGAGGUAGUCAUGGUAACCACAUGAUCCUUAUGUUCAGUUGCUACGUUUCGGUUCUCACAGCAACCCGCCCCCAGGGGGUGGGGGAGUUGUUGACAAGUUUAAGGUUUCUUACACAGUGAUUGGUACUCUGUAGACUGCCAGAUAUAUUUAGCAUUGUUUGAAAAAAUACAUUAGCUGUCUUCCGUGUCAAAAUCACCACCUCCUACUUAGCCUGCGUUAAUCUGCUGAAGUUUCCUUCAAAUUCGCUUGGGCGUAAAUCAUUGAACGUGAUGCCGUGAAAAGAAAAUCUGUACUCAGUAUAUCUUGGUAAUUUGAAUUGAAAGCGAAAGAGCGCAAAUAGUUCGUCCAUUAUGUUUCUAUUUGAGGAGUGUAGUAAGAGACAUAAAGGACUUCAUUAAUGCUUUCGACGAACGCGUCAUUCAGUGAUUUUUCAGUUAUACAGGAUAAAUUGAAAGUAUAGCAAAUCUUAGCGAGCGGUCAACAUUGCUCUGUUACCAUCUACCAAGCGAAGUUUGCAACGUCGCUUGGUCAGAGAUUUUAGGCGGGAAAUAGUUCUCGUGUAACACGUCGUGUGUCCUCGUAGUAACUAAUAAAAGCGCUCCGGCGGUCGAUGUUGGGGAAAAUUCCACCUAUAUAAUAACCGUUUUUUUUUACUGAUGUCCGCUGUAAUCUUUUCUUGUCUUUGCUAGGCUGCUUCCUUUGGUAAGAGUUUUCUAACUGAUAUGCCGCCACACGCGUUUGUUUCGAUGUGCCAGAAUCUUAGAGUGUUAAACGCCGUGCGGGACUACAUGGUUGGAAUUCCACUUACAUAUGGACAGUAUCCUUUAUCUUAAUUCAAGAGUGAACCAAAUUUUCAGUUGUUACAUUUUGCCCAAUUGCAGCGUGUGUUGCAGCAAGUCUACACUAUGCUAGCCUCCGUAGCAACACGAACAAAUUUUUUAUUUUUCGGGUUAAUUUGCAAUUGCUUAAAUUGCAAUUUCCGCUGGGACGAUCAUAUCUUCAUUUAAACUUGUAUUUCCGCAGUUCACAUCAUCUUCAACUAAGUUAUCAUUGCUCUGAUCCCAACUUUUUCGACGAACUUGCGCGGAAACCUUUUCUACGCAGGCUAACACUAUGCCAGAUAGCUCUUGCGUCGGCACGGAAACCAUUCCGGAGAGUGUUUCUGUCCCCACGAGAGAACGAUGAUUUCGGUGCAAUUUAUGUAACGGAGCAAAGCUGCGGGGUUUAAAUUACAUUUUUUUUGCAGGAAACGAACGAGAUAUGUUGCUUUUUCUCUUUUUUAAAACGGAUAUGUUAAAAGUACGUUAACACAGUUUUCAAUUUUGUGGCUCUUAUCAAGUUCUUAAAGUGGGCUCCAUUUUGCUUUUUUGUCCUCUGAGAGUACUCUUUGAUUAUUUUUCAAAAAUUAUCCAAUUUUGAUGCCUUGACGAUCGUCUUAGACUGGAAAAACUAACAAUGAAAACCCUUAUUGACAGGUGAGUUUUGUUUUUGUCACGCUGCUGUUUGUUGUCUUUUUAAAAAAGGUAAAACGUGCAAUGCUUAUGCAUUUUUUUGAGGGGGAGGGGGACGGUAAACAAGGUGUAUUGCUACGUAGCUGGAAACUUUUUCAUAACAGUGCGCGCUCUCAUUGGUUUCUUCGAGGUCACAUGACAUCUAACAAUGAAACUGUUUCCCGCCAAAAUCUCUGAGCGGGCAACAUUGCAAAUCUAUGACGUCAUAGGGGAACAGUGUAUUGUUACCGACGAAUGUUGACCGACGACUACCGUUACAGCGAGGUUUAAUGAAUUUCCAACUAUGUAGCCUCAGGAAACAUUGAGAUUCUUGGAAAACAAAUUUAACUGUUUCCCUCGAGACCAGUCAUUAAGUGUUUAAGUGUUUAUUGCAAUGUGAAACGUUCAAUAAGUUCCGAGCCUCAGGUAAGAAUCAAACUUACGACCUUCCGAGUUCGAGAUCGGACGUUCUACCCACUGAGCUGCUGGGGGCUCUAUAGUGUGCAGAGUCGAAAUUUUUAUUGAUUAUACACCAGACCUGCUAUAGUACAUAGUACGAAAUAGUACUUUUAAGAAAAAAAUAACAAAAUGAAUAUGAUGUAUGUCCGAUAAUCUUUCUCUUUUGCCCGACUAAAAUGGUGACGUGGUUGGACAUAAAUCCUUUCUAAAUAUCAAGAUUAUUUGCAUUCCUACUGAAUAUAAAACAAGUUGAAGCAAAGUUGUUGUUUUUUUACUUGCCUACUUUCCGUGUCUAACCCAUGUUUACUAAAUUGAUUUUCCCGCCAUCAGAUCUGGAGCGGGAAUUAUUUGCCUUAAGUUUAUUUUAUUACCGUUUAUUUUCUGCUCCUGUAGGCUUGUUUUGAGGCGUCACUACUGUCUGGCCAUAAGAAUCUGUGAUUACCUGAAGAUUCCUAAGGGGGAGGGUGCCAGUCGCAUCCUUGGACACUGGGCUUGUUAUAAAGUGAGUGUAACCAGCGGAUACCGGUUGGCUGUUACCUAUAUGAAAGCAGGGGUCUUCCUGCAAUCAGCUUAUUGCUGGUAAUUUGAUAAAAUUGGUAAUGGUAAAUUAUGGUUGUGGCAGUAGACAUAACUGGAGUUGGGUGCCCCGUGGUUAGUAUUUCAUGAGCUGAAUUUGGCACAUUUCUCUUCUCUUUCAAGCUUAUAAAAAGAUCUAGAUCAAGUAGACUGGAUUGUACGCGGUGAACACACCGUGGCCAGGCGCCCAUCGCGUUGUUUUCGCAAUCCGCUGGUCCCGGGUUGGAGUCCCACUCUAGCCACUUGCUGAAUUUACUCGCGGUCCGGUAUUUCCAAGUUCAGAUACCCAGUCAUGCUUGUAAAUAGCCAACUGGUUGCCUCCUGCCAGUUGCGGUUUUUAAUCCUGUUGUGUUCUAUUUCCUCAGUAAAUAAACAGUUGGACUUUCACAUGGCUGGGAUGAUCACAUUGAAAUUAACUUCUCCGCCCUUUUAGAAUACAAUAGUGUUCGUAAAUAGUUUUUCUUGUGUCGAAUAUAUUGACAUCUCUUUCGAUCCUUCACUUCUUCAAAAGUUGCUUUUCUUGUUUAACAGGUUCAGCAAGCCAAUGUUGAUGACGAAGAGAUUACUCGUGCCAUCAACUCCAAGCUCGGAGAGACUCCAGGGAUAUCUUACUCAGAAAUAGCUUCAAAGGCAGUGGACUGUGGACGAACUCACCUGGCCAUCAAGGUUAGUUGAGAGCAUUCACAUGUGAACAGCUUUAUUAUAGACGUUCCAAGGACAAUUUGAGGCAUAAAGCGGUGUCCUCCGUUAGUAUUUUCUUGCUAAAUGCACUGAGGCUUAAAAUAACGUGGAUUGGUAUAGAAUGGGAUUUUUUUACCUGCAAGAUUGCUUUUACUGUCGGUAAUCAAGAAUUUUUUUCAGUAUUCGGAGUAUGAGGACCGCGCUUUGUAAUUAGUUCAGCGGUCCGCUUUAUUAUCAGCAACACCACUAUGGUGAAAUAUUACUCAAUUGUUAAAGGACUCAUGUCGAGAAACAAAACGUACGGCUGCAAAGAAGACCAAUGGGGGAAUGGAAUAUGGAGAGAUUUAACAAAUGAGUUGAUAAAUUAAAUACAAACAAGUUUUAUGCUCUAGCCGUUCGUCAGAGCGAAGGAGAGAUAGCACUCGAAAUGUUGCUACUAUAUGGCUCCGAGGCUUUCUUGUCAUUUUUUUUUCUUAUUGGGUUUGGAUUUUUUUGUGCUUAAUUCUCUUCUGGGAAUUGCGAGACAAUGGAGUCGUGAAAAAUCUGCAAUUUUGCCCCUAAAGCCUCGGAGUCAUGUUAGAAUUUUAAUACAUCGAACGUGGGCCAUUGAUCAAUAUAACCUCUUAACUUUCACCAUUCUUCUCUCCAGGGGUUACCAACAUGCUCGUCUCAUAGGACGUCAACAAAACCUGGAACGGACCGGGUCAGAUCAACCCCUGUAACUCACUGAAUAACGAAAGGUAAGGGAUAGUGCCUCUAGGAAUGAUCUGAUCCGGUUCUGUGGUCCAGGUUUUGCCUACGGCCUUUCUCGUGGCUUCGCCGCUUGUGCCUCCACGAGGACACCUGCUUACAGCCUGGCUUAAAGCCAGCCUUGACGUCUCGCUGGAGCAAUCUCACCAUAGUAAGUUCGUCGUUUGACGAUCGGCAAACGAGCCUAUCAUAGCCAUGCCAUAAUAGCCUGUUCACAGACCCUCUGUUUUCUCUUCAAAGUCCGUCGAGCGCGGGUGAUAAAAUAUAAACCGCAGGGGAUUGUAUUUGAAAAGAACGAAAAGAAAAAUAAAACAACGUCUGUGUACAGGCUAUGCCAUGAUGCAUAAUGUAUCUUUCAAGAUACUCACAUCUUCGUGGUCUGAUUUUUUACCUGUAGCUGUUGGACUAUGAAGCAAAAGCCGCUGACCAAGUUCCACUGCUCAUGCGCAUGAAUAAAGAUGACCUAGCGCUCGAGAAGGCCAUUAUGAGUGGAGACACGGAUCUGGGUGAGUUAUAAGUGGGUACCACUGCGGAGAACUACAGCUAACAUUAAGUAUAGUGGAUGGGAACAAUUUUUGAAGCCCGUUUUUGUUUCGUCGUAGUCGCUAGAGCCGACUUAUAGAAAGAUCUAUCGUCAUGUUGAAAUUGUACCAAAGGUUCCAAAAAUUUAGAAUAAACUUUUUCUCAGCUUAAAAGUUGGCGUUACACCAGCGGCGUUACAAGCUGAGACAGAGGUUCAAACCUUAAAACAUUUUUGGGAUUGUUUUGUUGCUCAUUAUUUGGAUCUUCCCUCGCCGUUCGGUUGACACAAUUUCAAGUAUAUUUCAACCAUCUUGAUCCUUACAUGCUCUCCUCCAAUGGUAACAGCUUUCUCUGGUCAGGUGAUCAAAAUUGAUGGAUCCGAACCGCCGUCAUCCAAAACCCGCCUACUUGAUUUUCCCCUGCAUCUAGAUGACAUUUCAUUUGUGUUGUCUUUUUUUUUUCUUUCUAGUGUAUAUGGUUGUUAUGCAUUUGAAGGAUAAUCUAACUCUUGGUGAGUUCUUGAUGGCCAUACGUUACCAUCCUGUGGCACUCAGCCUCUACAUCAAGGUGAGUCUAUGAAAAAACGUUGUGUAAAUAAGUGCGUAUUUGUUCAAGGCUUCAACCAAGAGAAAAUGCGCCAUUAUUUGCCAGGAGACAUUUUUUCCUUUAUCUGUUUAUUCUUUAACGUCAUAAAAAUGAUGUUAAAAUGUUUAAAACUUAAGUGGAGGGGUGAGAGGUUUUACGGUAAAGUUUGGAGCAUUUUUAAUCUCAUUUCUUUGAAAUGUCGGAGUCGCGCCAGUGAAAAAUAGCUACGUUUCUAUUUGUUUUUUACAAUGUCCCAGAGAAUCGCGCUCAAGCAACAGAGAAGAGAAGAACCUUCAGUUCUGUUUCUCUUCUCUGUACUGUCAUAAGCAAAAGUUCUCGACCAAUCGGGGCGCGUAAAUCACUCGGUUAUUAUAAAUCAUUAGACUGUGUGGCAGGCGUCUUAAGAGGUAUUGAAAAAAAGUGAAAAGGGGAGGGGUAAAGGGAAGGGGAAAAAAGGACACCUUUUUUCAUUUCUUCUUCUUUUCCCUUCACUCCCCUUCCCCUCUUCUCUCGUUUUUGCACCUGUUACGCAAACUGCCACGCAGGCUAUUAUGUAACCUAUAUAUUCACUUUGACAUGACUGUGAUUUGACCGCAGUACUGCAAGGAUCAGGAUCGCCGUACACUUGUGGACCUGUUCUACCAGGAUGACCAGUUUAUGAACAGUGGUAAUGCCUUUGUGCAGGACAGCUACAACGAGAAGGUAUCAUAAGUAGCUUGAAUGCUAUCAUGCUUAGGAGGGUAUCUCGUCGAAAGUUGUUUUAUUAUUUUAUUUCUUUAAUAUGUAGUUUCAGUUCUGAGCGAAGGGGUGCGUACGCUUCACUCCGUUUCUCCAUGGCGUCAGAGAUUAUUUUUGUUUCCAUGACUGUAGGUGGCUACAAAGCUUCCCUCAACCUUAUUGCCGGGACGUUUUCCGGUUAGAAAAUGGGAUAAACCCCUGUGAACGAAUGGUCGGCAGCAAUCUUGUUUAUUUUGAGCGUCAAGAGGAGCCAAGAAUACGUGUAGCAACUCUUAUUUGUAAUUUAACUCGCCCAUUUCUCGUGUUUAAACUCGAAACCUUUACCAAAGUUCCUUCUAAUCAUAAUCAGUGAUAUCUACUACACAUGCGCUAAUUGUUGCCGUCCAUUUCUUCGUUGUAAAUAGUGGCCCUCAAUACAUGCAGCGACCACGUGACCAAAGGACACAUUAAAGUACAAGGAUGCUGUUAUUUUUCACAGGGAUCGUACAGCGAACAAAGCGCGCGCGCCUGAAAAUCGCAGCUCUGCAGGAAAGGCCGUCAGGCGAAGGGUUAAUUUUUUAGUUGCGUAACGCCUUCCGGUCUCUCUCCCAGUCUGCUCCGCAGAGCUUUUACUAACCUUGUCUGGCGGAGCGGUUACUUUUAGUCCUAAACCAAAAGGAUCACAUCCUUGGAAAAAAAAUUGGCGCUCACCUUUUUAUUCCUUGAGAAAUAAGAAUUAAUUCGUUGUCUAUGAAAUGUUGCCGGCCAUAGAAUAGAAUCAUUGUUUUGAUAUCUCUUGUCACUACACUUGACAUAAAAUCUGAUUUUCUUCUAUUUUUAUUAUUUAGACAAUAGAAUCCAAGAUGAACACAUUGUCCAAGGCACAGAUGUCUUACCAGCAAGGAGGAUUUCAGUUCUACUCAAGGUGUGUGCUCUUCACUUUGUUGCUUUGAUUUAAAAUACUUCAAACUCCUUCGACGCUAGAGCCACUCAUUCCUUACUAUGUGGAUAAAGAGAAGACGGACGUUAUGUCUUGUCUAGUAAUCUAGGAUACGGGAUAAACUUGCGAUAUUGGAACCAAAAGCACCCAGAAACUCUCCACUCCUCUUGCUGUGUUUGAUUAACAAAUACCUUGACUGUACUCUGAACUGAUAUAAAUCACGAAGAAAGCGCCGGGCUGGGGCACGAAAGGCCGAGUGUAGGGGGACGCACAAGACUUAGUCGAGAGUGUUUAUCCCUACUUCUUAAGUGCUUUGUAACACAACAAAGCGCAGUAAAGGUUUCUUUAUUGGUUUUAUGAUAAAGAAUCCGUUAAAUUCUCCACGCAUUACUUUCUAAUUUUCAAAACAAACUGUUGGCAGAUGGAGUGAAAGCUUAAGCUCCGUGUUUUAUACCCUGAUAAACACGCUUUGUCAUCCAAUCAGAGUGCACGUUAAAAGAGUGUUUUCACAUGAAGUCAUGGCGGCCAUAUUGGUGUCCCAAACCAAUCCUCUGGGAGUUGAACUCUUUUCUUUAUAUGCAAACGCUAUCUUUUGUUCCAACAAAUUUGCAUAGAUGCUGACCACGUGAGUGAAAACACUCUAUACUGAUCUGAACUAUAUUAUAAAUAUUAUAACAAAACAUUUCUUGUCAGUUAUGCAUUGUAUGCAUGUGCGAUUCAAUUUUCCAGGCAACAGAAGAACAAAUGAAACUCAUGGAAUAUCAAGUCAAACUAGAAGAGAAGUACAGAAAGACAUUUAUGGAUCUGUCCUUGAGUGAUACUAUCUACCAGGUACGAUCAUUAACACACCCAGCUGUGUUAGCCUUUACUGUGGAUUGAGGCCAGUUAACUGACCACCUACCCCUCCCCUAAGUCAACAUUAACCCCUACUUCUAAUUUAGGGACAAAUUGUGACUUAAGGGAGGAGUAGGUAGUCAGUUACUCAAAAAUCUCAAUUGAUUGGUCUGAACCGUAGCUCUUGUUUGAAUGAUCAAAAUUAAGAUGUCAUCAGUAUGCUUAAUAAACAGUACCGCUGGAAAUCUCUGCCAAGUACAAGCUUUCAUUGGAAUGGCCAUACUAAAAGAUUGCAUCUACAGAAUCAAAUCUUAGAACUUGGAAUCAACAGUAUAUUCAGGAAAUCUCUGUUCAGUAGCUUUCGUUCGAAUUGUUGUUCUUAAGGAUUUUAUCCAGACUUAAAGUAGUGAAAACCACCUUGUAAAGCACAGUAAACCGCUUCAAUGUUAAUUAAUUCCCAUACACUAUCAUACUGUCCUGGGGUUAGUUUCUAAGGAUUACUUUAUACUUUUCAGUGCAUACUUCAAGGAGACCUCAAAGUCGCUGAGCAACUGAAAAAGGAAUUCAAGGUUCCGGACAAAAGGUUUGUAACAUUUUUUUUUUUAAUCAGAGACCGCGUAAACAACGAGACCUUUGACAUCCAAGGACCCUUUUUUGAAACAGCCUCUAGGUGCACCACGUUAAGCUAAGGCUUGCUUCUUCACACCGCUGAUUUGUAGCCUGUGCAUUUGAAGGGGAAGAGAAAUGUGGGAAUUAGGGCGCGUGAGGGAGGAGGAAAGAAAGGGUUCCCGUCCUUUCAUAUCCUCACGCGUCCAUCGCGUUCUCAGCCCGUUAUUGAAAUAGCCUUUAGUUGCACCAUGUGGUGUUAAGUUUUGUUUGUUCACCCCCCUGAUUUGUAGCCUGUGUCAAGCAUUUGAAAGGGAGUAAAGGGGGGGAUAAGGGCGCGUCAGUAUGUUAAGGGAGCGCGAGGAGGAAGGGAAGAAAGAGUUCCCGUCCUUUCUUACUCACGCGUUCAUCGCGUUAUCUUUCUCACACGACCCGUUUUCGAAAUAGCCUUUAGUUGCACCACGUAGAGCUAAAGUUUACUGGUCGACAUCCCUGAAUUGUAGCCUGUGUAGCAGGCAUUUCAACAAGUAUUGAAAGGGGGGAGGGAAUAAGGAUGCGCGAGGAAAAACGGCAGACAGGGAUUCCUUCCCUUCCUCCUCGCGUGGCCAUCGCGUUGACGCGCACCUCAGUCAUUCCUUCUUUUCCUACCCCUUCAAACUCCUGCCUCAUAGUUCAGCUCAUUUGCUGCAAGUCAUGCAUUGUGUUGUCUUCAGGUUUUAUUGGCUGAAAGUAAGAUCCUUGGUUGAAAGUCACAACUGGCUGGAACUCGACAAGUUUUCCAAAGCUCGUAAAUCUCUAAUUGGAUACGAGGUAAGUUCAUUGACAAGGUUUUCCGUAACCUGACAUCAGGCGUUACAUUCUUUUGGGAAGAAGGACCGCCGGAUCGCAAGUUAGGUUUUCCCGAAACCGGAAACGGCUUUGUGCCAGAGUCAAACCUUUCUACAACGGCUCCCUUUAGAGAAAAGUGACUUUUCUAGAGGAGUUGCCAUUGUGGGGAAGAAGGGGGCACCUUUGGACACUCCAGAAUACCCCCCGGAACAUCCCCCGGAACCUGGCAGUAGGUAAAAUGAAAAACAAAACAAAAAAACCCUGACCCCACUGUGUAAGAUAUUAAAUGUUCAAGAGUGAAUGUACAGACUGUCUGCCGGAAUAAAAAUGAUGGUCGUCUUGGAAAGACAUCGGUAUUUAUCAAAAAGCAUUUAUUUCUUUUUUUAUUAUUAAAGACUACGUUCAUGAGUUUCCAUAACUUUGUGAAACAUGGUGAAUAAACACUCCAGUGUGAAGACGUUGUCAAUUUUAUGUACAUUGCUUUCUUACAGCCAUUUUUUGAAGCAUGCUUGGAAUUCAACAACAGAAUAGAAGCGGAGAAAUAUGUCUCCAGAGUUCUUCUCGAAAAGAAAGUGACGUUUUAUGUGAAACUCGGGUGA